AUGGGAACAACGACAACUGACAGAAAUCUCUGUGAGACAUGUCGAAAAGUAAAAGGAGUAUCGAAAUGUGAAGGUUGUUCGAACAUCUUUUGUUAUAAUCAUUUCAUUGAUCAUCGUCAAGAAUUAAAUAAACAAUUAGAUGAAGUUGAAGUAACUCGUGAUCUGUUUCGACAAACACUAAGUGAACAAACAUCAGAAUCACAAAAUGACAUUUUAUUACAACAAAUUAAUGAUUGGGAACGUAAUUCAAUUGAUAAAAUUCGACAAACAGCAGAUGAAGCAAGAAAAAUAUUACUAAAAUAUACAGCUAAACAUAUUACUGGUAUAGAAAUUGAGUUGAAUAAAUUAACUGAUCAAUUGAGACAAAAUCGUCAAGAUAAUGAUUUUGUUGAAACAGAUUUAUUUCGAUGGAUAAACCAGCUUAUUCAGCUAACUGAUGAACUUAACAAAUUAUCAAAGAUGACAAUUCGACAAAGUUCAAGAUCACUUAUAAACAAAAUUUAUGUUGAUAUAUCAAUUAGAGAUAAUUGUGGAACAGUAGUAGCAGGUGGUAAUGGACGAAGUGAUCGUCUCAAUCAGCUCAAUUGUCCUAGUUACAUCUUUGUCGAUCAAUAUUAUUCAGUUUAUAUAUCAGACGAGAAGAAUUAUCGUGUGAUGAAAUGGAUAAGAGGUGCAACAGAAGGAAUUGUUGUUGCUGGUGGUCAAGGUCAAGGAAAUGGUCUAGCUCAAUUAUCGUGUCCUCGUGGAGUAAUUGUUGAUCAGUUAGGUACUGUCUAUGUGGUAGAUUGUGAGAACAAUCGAAUAAUGCGCUGGUCAAAAGAGGCUAAAGAAGGUACUGUUGUUGUUGGUGGAAAUAACCAAGGAAAGCAAUUAAAUCAAUUCUAUCAUCCUGAGGACUUAUCAUUUGACCGCGAAGGCAAUAUCUAUGUUGUCGAUUGUAACAAUGAUCGAAUACAACGAUUCAAUAUUGAUUUAACUUCUAGUUAG